AUGCCGCGACCUAAGUUUGGACAGAGAACAACGGUAUACUCCUCGGGAGGUGUCCGCCAGCCCCCUAAAGUGGACGCGGACGAGCUCAAACGCCGAGCUGCUCGUGCUGCCCGUUUUCGGCAGGUUGACAGCAAAACGAAAGAUCAAAACUCGCCUACCGCCGAUGAGGCCAGCGAGGUUGCAACACCUGAGAGGUAUGUGAAGGGCACUUGCAGUGUUCUGGAGAAGGACUACCUUCGGUUGACUGCACCUGCCAGAGUGGAGUCCGUACGUCCUCCAUCUGUAUUGUCUGUGGCUUUCAAUCGAUUGCAACAAGAGUUACGGUAUGAAAAGCCCUGGGAGUACAUCAGCGGCCAGCUCCGAGCCAUUCGACAGGACAUGAAAGUUCAAGGUCUAGAUGGAUCUCAACUUUCUUUGGAUGUUUACACUACCAACGCCAGAUGGGCGUUGGAAUCACAGGAUUUGGUGCAGUUCAUACAGUGCCUGUCGGCCGUGACUCGCCAGAUUCAUACAGGCUCCGUUGUUUUGUCUGAUAACGUCCAGGCGGAGUUCCUUGCGUACGAGAUUGUAUAUAGCGCGUUGCAGGGCUUCCAGUUGGAUCAAAUGCGGUGUCUUCGGCGACUGAGGAGUAUACCAAGAAGUAUCAGAGAGCAUAACUUCAUCCGCUCUGCCCUUCGGCUCCGUUCUUGGGCAGCACUUGGAGACUACUACAGAAUUCUCAAGGUAUAUGAGUCUCUACGUGAACAGCCGCGACGGUUUGGGAAGAUGCUGCCUUCUCACAUGCUGGACCUUCUGGAGAUAUUCUCGGAGAACAUUCGACUGAGACUGCUGAGGUGCCUCACGAAGGCGUAUAUGCAACUCAGAGUGUCCGUGAUUUCAAAAUGGUUGAGAUUUCCUACAGAAGGUGAUUGCCGUUCAUUUUUGUCUCAUCACGACUUGCCUCACGACGCCGACGUUAUUGUGUGCAAACAAUGCAAUCUCAAUGUAAGAAGACAAGUCCAAGCAUUAGAAUGUCGUAGGGUUGGCUGA